UAAUAAAACGCUCUGUGGAGGUUAGAAUAGUUUGAAAGACGUAUUCGCUACAAUGACCAUCCAGUGGACUCUCGCUGCUGGCUUUCUGUACACUGAGAUCAGUGUUCUUUUGUUGUUCUGUCUACCUUUUAUUUCGGCCAAAAGAUGGAAUCAACUUUUUAACUCCAGGUUCGUGGCUGCUUUGUUUGCGUAUGGAAAUUUCUACUUCAACGUCAUUGCGUUAGUGAUGGCUCUACUUUUACUAGAUUCAAUUCGGGAAUCCAGAAAGUACAGCAAGAUGGAGUCCACUGCACAAGUGGACUUGCACAACAAUCCUCAGGCAGAAAUCAUGGCUCAGAUGAAAUUGUUUCGUGCACAGCGUAAUCUGUACAUUUCUGGAUUUUCCCUGUUUCUUUUGAUAGUGCUACGUCGUGUUGGAAAGCUUCUCUCCAAAAAUUCUGUUCUUGAAGCUUCCAAUGAAGCCAGUCUGCGUCAAGCACAAAAUGUGUCUCAGCAGUGCGAAAAGUUGAUGGACGAAAAUAAUGAACUUAAAAAGGCCAUAGAAGGCACAGAUGGAAAAACAGAGACAAAGACAGAGACAAAAGAUGAAGAUAAAAUGAACCAAGAGCUGAAAGAAUUGAGAGAAGCCUUGGAAGAUAAAUCCAAGAAGCUUUCAGAACGAUCUGAAGAGCUUGAAAGGACAAAGAAAGAUUUGGCUGCAUUGAAAGAACGGCAUGCUGAACUGACACAGGAAUACGACAAGCUUUUGAAGGAAUAUGCUAAAGCACAGGCCAAGCUGGGGAAAGACGAGAACAAAACAGGAGAAGAUAAGAAAGACAACUGAGGACAUGUGACCAUCAUCUGAAUUAUUUAAUAAUUAUUAUUAGUAAUAGAACACAUUUAUUUGAUAGAACAGAUCUAAAGAUAGCUCGUCACAUAGUCUCUGUUUAAAGCUUGUGAGAAAACUUAGAAGUCAGUAACAAAAAUCGCUGUGAUGCUUGUUUGAAAGUUGAAGUAAGUUUGCAUAAGAUUUUAUGUUGAAAAAAAAAAAAAGAGAGAGAACUGAAUUAGUUGUAACUGUGCAGAAACCUUAGUGAGAGACUUGACCAUCAAGUGUUGUUCCUAUCAGUUAAAACACAGUGAAAAUGAAUUAUGUUGACACUCAGGGUAAUCUCCUCAAUCUCAGUUUCCCAAAUAGUCUUUUAACCCUUUAACUUCCAAGAUCUGAUUGUAUAUUCUCCCCUCCAGCUUUUACACAAUUACUGGCAAAUAAGUGAGACGAAUUUGGUAUUAGAUCAAGAUAACAACUUCUACCUGAUAAGUUUGGGUUUUCUCGCUUGCCCUUUGCUGGAUAAUGUAUGGAUAUUGUAGAGAGAAUUUUCAUGUUAAUCGCUUCCGGAAGUUAAAGGGAAACGAGUUUCUGUAUGGAUAGUUCAAAACGUCGUGGGAUAAGAAACUUUUGUCAAGUGUCUAUUAAAGGAAGGGAAUUCUGUGAA